AUGAUCCCUCACAUGGCACUGUGCAAAUUCUUUCCUCUGGUUCUAGUCGGGGUUGUGGUGUUUGCUGUGAGUGGGAUCUUUGGAGACCCUAUGUAUGAGUGCCUCCAGGACACUGACUACAGUGAGCUUCUCGACAUUAUGAAUAAAGGUCUUCCUGCCACCAAGACACCUCGUCAUGUAGCAAUCGUCGGCGGGGGCAUCGCUGGACUGACCGCGGCAAAGGUUUUAGAAGAUGCCGGACAUAAGGUGACCAUAAUAGAAGCCAGUAACCGAAUUGGAGGACGAGUGGAGACCUACAGGAACAACAGAGAAGGCUGGUAUGCAGAAAUGGGCGCCAUGAGGAUCCCCAGCUUUCAUAAAAUUCUGCUUUCACUUGCAUCCCAAUUACAAAUUCCCCUAAACCCCUUCAUCCAAGAUGACAUCAACACCUACUAUUUGGUAAAUGGAGUGCUACAGAAAACUAGUAUCGUGGAAAACAACCCUGGUGUGCUCAACUACAGCUUGAAUGAAAGAGAGAGGGGGAAGUCAGCUGCUCAACUCUUCAGUCAGACACUCUGGAAGGUGAAUGAUGACCUCAAGGCCAUCGGCUGCAGUGCCUUGAUGGAUAAAUAUGAUUCCUACACAGUGAAGGAAUAUCUGGUGAAGGAGGGUAACCUGAGUCGGGGUGCCUUGAGGAUGAUCGGGGACAUCCUGAAUGAAAACAGCCUCUUCUACACAUCAAUGAUGGAGACGCUGUACAUGCAGUCCGACAUCAAUGACAACAUCGAGUACUUUGAAGUGACAGAUGGUUUUGAUCACCUCCCGAGAGCUUUCUACCAGGUCUUAAAUGCCACGAUCCUCCUCAACUCCAAGGUCAAGCUAAUCAAUCAAACAGGCGGCAGCCACGUGACAGUAACGUACCAGGACUGGCGUAACUCAGGCUCCCUGACCAACCUAACGGUGGACUAUGCCCUGGUUACGGCCACAGCCAAGGCCACCAUCUUCGUUGACUUCCAGCCCCCUCUCUCCGGGGACAAGAUGGAGGCCCUGCGCUCAGUUCAUUAUGUCAGCUCCACCAAGGUGGUACUCAGCUUCAGGGAGCGGUUCUGGGAGAAAGAGGGCAUCAGAGGAGGGAAGAGCAUCACGGACCGGCCUUCUCGCUUCAUCUACUACCCCAGCCACAGCUUCACUGGCACAGCUGCGGGGGCCCUCCUGGCGUCUUACACUUGCUCUGACGAUUCCACCCUCUUCCAAGCGAUGAGCGAGGAGGAGCUGAUGGCUGUGGUCCUGGAGGACUUGGUGAAGAUCCACGGAGAGGACAUCAGGCCUCUGUGUACAGGUGGGGUGGUGAAGAAGUGGGGCUCAGAUCCUUACAGUUUGGGAGCCUUCGCCGUGUUCACACCCUACCAGGGACACUACGCCAGAGAACUGUUCCAGAGUGAGGGACGGGUGCACUUUGCAGGAGAGCAUACAGCCAUGCCGCACGGUUGGAUUGAAACUGCCAUGAAGUCUGCACUGCGGGCAGCUAAAAAUAUUAAUAGCCUUACAGUUUAAUUUAUGUGUAGCAAAUAUUAUAUUUGCAUAUAUUCCUUCAUGAUCAGUCUUAUAGGGAUUUGUCUGAUAUAUUGGUUUAGCACAGGGGUCAGCAACCUGCGGCUCCGGAGCCACAUGCGGCUCUUUAGCCCCUCUCCAGUGGCUCCCUGUAGAUUUUUUAAAAAAAUUAGUGGAAAUGAAUAACUGUUGUUUUGUAUACAUUUUCAA